AUAAAUACGAUUUCAAGUCUUGAGAUAUGCCAGUAGUACAACGUUGCAUGUUUAUUAUGAAGAUGGAGAAGGCUCACGGCGCUCAGAAACCUUCCAAAAUAAUCGGAGAGUGUCGCCAAAUGUGUCCCUUUAAUGAGAUUAAAUUAAGGAUGAGAGAAGAACUAGUGCAUUCACUAGAGAAAGUGCCCAGGUCUGGAAAGAUGGUAGGUGAUCCAGACAUCAUGGUGAAGGCGUACAGUAGAUCAGCAGCAGGGAGACACGAGAUUUUAACCGUCGACCUUAGACCCGGCCCAGUGUUACUGACUACUGUACAGUACUUAUUAGGGAGGGUUUCAUUAAUUGAAGGCAGACCUUGGAAUGAGGUGUAUGAUUUCAUAUUCGACAGACUGCGGGCCGUGAGACAGGAUAUGACUAUUCAGCAGAUUGGAGGCCUGGAAGCAGUCAGUCUAUUAGAAGACACAGUCAGAUUCUACAUCUACUCAGGAUAUAGGUUAUGUCAAGAAACGUUUGAUCGAUUUGAUCCCAAAAUAAAUGACCAGCAUACACAGGAAUGUUUGAAACAGCUCCUGUCCCUGUAUACAUCUUGUGACUGUUGUCUUCAAAACAGAACUGAAUUUGAGAGCCUCUAUCUCAUUUUCAAUCUAGGUCAAACAGAAGCUUUACAACAUUAUUAUGAACUACCAAAACAUACAAGAGAGCACACAUUGAUGAAGAUCUCUUACAAUUUAUGCAUGGCAUUCUACUUAGGGAACUACAGGUGUGUUUUAAAACAUCUUAAAUCUGAGUUGUUUACCCAGAAUCCUCUUCUGCUCUGUGCCUUCCACAGAAAUCUAACUCUUUUACAGAGGAAUACGUUGAAAAUCAUGAGUCACGGUUACAGCUCUAAAGCUCUGAGAUAUCCAGUCCAACACUUGGCAGAGCUUCUCUGGUUUGAUAGUUUGUCUGCCUGUGCAAAAUUCUGUGAGCUGUGUGGUCUCCACGUCCAGGGAGAAGACUCCAUAGUUUUCCUGAGGGGGUCAUUCAAAGAACCAGAAAAGAUUCAACAAGUUCACAUCUCCGGCAUCGAUUCCCUUCUUUGCCAGCAGUCUCUUGGAAUCUUGUUACUUGGAAAGAAGAAAUCAUUGAAACAGAGUAUCGACAACUGUAACCUUCUUCAGAAUCACUCAGAUGGACCUUAUAGAUACCUAAAUGACCACAGGAAAUCUAAACCUGCGAGAGGAAGGGGAAGAGCAAAAAAUUUUCAGGAGGACAAAAAUGUCAGAUUUUUAAAAGGUCAAGAUGUUGUAAAGAGUCGAGGUCAAAAAUGCAACUGUGUGGAACAUCCAGAUUUUAGCAAAAUUGGAAAAAAUAUACAUGAAAUUAAGGGGGGUGAAAAUUAUGUGUGUGAUAGCUAUUCCGACAGUUCAGCUGCUAGUGCUGUGAAAAAUCAUAAACAGUGCUCUAUUGGUGAGACAGAUUCCAAAAGAUCUCAGAGGAAACAGGAAGUGACUUCUGCUGGAGAAUCCUGGGAAGAUGAGCUAUUUAAUACUGAGGAAGAAAUGAAAGGUGCAUUAACUUGAGUUGGAAGUUUUAGCUGCAAUAUGUCAAUAUCUUCAAAGCUUUUUGACAUCAUUGGGUUCAGUGUACCUUUUGUCUUCACCUCAGGGUGUGAAUUUGCACACUAUAUAAUUAUAGUGGAUAUAGUUACAGUGGAUAAUGAAUUCAUGUCCUAUGUGUAACCUAGGUAACAAGUUGAUUUUGUGUAUGUAGUGUAUGUUCUCUGUACACGUAGUGUGGGUACCGAGAAACGAGACCUUUGUGAGGUCAAACAUCACCACGCUAAUACACUGUACAUUUAUGUGAAAAAUAUGUUCAGUUAAUUAGUCAUGCAGAUCAAUCUACUGUAUUGUCUGAGGUAAAAAGAUUUACAAGUUUCUUUCUGAACUUAUUUCUACUUCAGGCUGUAAAUUUACAUCAAAUAAAAAUUUAUGUUUGACUGAUGAAAGAACCAAACACUAUAUUAGUUUAUUUACUCUGCUUGUAAUAUUGGUUGAUACCAAAGCAAGGAAGUAGUUCACAAAACCACGUGAUAAUAGUAUACAGGAAGUUUUGAAAUGUGCGACUCAAUACAAUUUCCAAGUCAUUACUCCUUUUGUAAAACAUGAUCCACUGCCUUUUUUAUUCCUAAUGUCUUAAUCAUUAUUGCGAAAACUACAAAGUUUCAUGAUGUUAGGUGAAAUGUUUGUAGUUAUUAGAUAUGGGGAAAUGAAUCCUUGGUGCCAAAACCAAUUUUAAAUUGAUAGCUUGUUUUUAACUGUCGAUCAUCAAAGCUGCUCUGAUGGCUUUGGAAAAUUUUCUUCAUUAAACUUUAAAAUGAAAACA